UAGCUGAGGCUCUGGACAGACCUGGUGGUUUCAGGGUGUCAGGAGGCAGUGUUUUUUGGGGGGGAGAGCGCAGUGAUCCAGUGUCAGGCAUUUGGCGGACUUUCCCGGGACAAAGCUACCUCACCUGCACAGAGGAAACUCUCUCUCUCUCUCUCUCUCUCUCUCUCUCUCUCUCUCUCUCUCUCUCCCUGUUCCCUCUCAUUUUGGGGGGAAUAGUGCGCAGCUGGCUGCUCUUUUUGGAUGGAGCGCGUAUGGGACUGCGUUUCCUCCGCUGGGAUGUUUAUUCUCGGGGUACUGUCGGUGCUCUGGCCGGCGCUGAGCGGCGUUUGGAGUUUUAACUUUUACGCAGAGCAUCCUACGGUUUACAGGGGACCCGAUGGAAGUUAUUUCGGAUACUCUGUGGACUUCUACCAAGCCACCACCGACAGCAACUCGAUCAGUGUGUUGGUGGGGGCUCCUAAGGCGAACACCUCCCAGCCCGGCAUCGUGGAGGCUGGAGCUGUCUACUACUGCCCCUGGCCUGGACUGCCCGACAGCUGCAGACAGAUACCUUUUGACAAUUCCAAUAACAGAAUGAUGAAGGUAAAUGGCACCAGAGAGCCUGUGGAGUUUAAGUCGCACCAGUGGUUUGGAGCAUCGGUCAGGACACACAGAGGAAAAGUGGUGGCGUGUGCUCCUCUCUACCACUGGCGGACGGUGAAGCUGAGUGGGGAGAAGGAACCCGUGGGGACUUGCUAUGUAGCCGUCCAGAACUUCAGCGCCUACGCAGAGUACUCACCCUGCAGGACCAGUGAUCCAGACCCAGAGGGACAGGGUUUCUGCCAGGCCGGCUUCAGUGUGGAUUUCACCAAGGAAGGAAGGCUGGUGGUAGGAGGACCUGGAAGCUUUUAUUGGCAAGGUCAGGUGAUGACAGCAGGGAUAGCUGAGAUACUGAACGGCUACUCUUUGAAAGCAAUCCUGAGACGGGUUCCAGGAGAGAAACACACUAGAGCGGCUGAAGACACACACGAUGACAGCUACCUCGGUUACUCUGUGGCAGUGGGGGAGUUUACAGGAGACUCUGAACAAGAGCUGAUAGCCGGAGUCCCAAGAGGAGCACAGAGCUUUGGAUAUGUGGCAAUGAUCAACUCCACCAAUCUGACCUUCAUCCAGAACUUCACAGGGGAACAGAUGGCCUCCUAUUUUGGCUACUCAGUGGCUGUCACUGACCUCAAUGGAGAUGGGAUGGACGAUGUGUUGGUCGGAGCCCCGCUCUACAUGGAAAGGGAGAUGGAGAGCAAACCCAGGGAGGUGGGGAGGGUUUACUUGUACCUGCAGACGGCCCCGCUCACGUUCUCCCAACCUGUCGCCCUCACCGGCACAUACACCUUCGGACGCUUCGGCACAGCUAUAGCACCCCUGGGAGAUGCCAACCAGGAUGGAUACAAUGACGUGGCGGUGGGCUGUCCGUUCGGAGGCGAGGAGCGUGGAGGCAGAGUAUUGAUCUUUAACGGUAACAAAGAUGUAUCCACGCAAGGCCUGACGCUGAGCCAAGAGCUGAGAGCAGCCCGGACCCCGAGUGGCAGCUUGCCUGGAUUUGGAUUCACUGUAAGAGGAGGCCAAGACCUGGACAACAAUCACUAUCCUGAUCUGAUCGUGGGGGCGUUUGGCGUAGGCGAGGUGUCGGUGUACAGGUCUCGAGCUGUAGUCUCUGUGGAAGCUGCAAUGAUCCUGACGCCCAGAAUCCUGAACCCUGAUGACCGACAGUGUCACCUGCCUGAGACAGACAUCAUGGUUACCUGUCUGAAGGUGGAUGUCUGUGCAGCAGUGAGCGGUGUGGGGAUCCCCAGCUCUGUAGACCUGAGAGCAGAGCUGCAGCUGGACUGGUUAAAAGGUACCAGGGGAGGAGUUAGGCGAGUUCUCUUCCUGGACACCGAGCAGCCUCAGCGCACAGGACGCCUAACACUCGGUCACAACCAUCCACAUGCAUGCCUGAGCUACAUCAUUUACCUGAGAGAGGAUGAUGAGUUCAGGGACAAAUUAACCCCUAUCUCGCUGGCUCUGAACUACAGCUUAGCUCAUCCCGCACAUAACCAAAAGCUUCCACCUGUCCUUAACCGCUACAGCAGCACCUUCCUCCAAGAGCAUGCCUACAUUCUCCUGGACUGCGGAGACGACAACAUUUGCAUCCCGGACCUCCAGCUCUCUGCCAGCAUGGAUCGCUCAGAGCUGGUGAUUGGAGAUGACAAUCUGGUCAUGUUGACCAUCACUGCGGUGAACCGAGGAGAGGGAGCCUACGAGACAGAGCUACACACACUGAUACCACCAGAGGCUGACUACAUUGGAGUGGAGCGCAGGGUGGAGUCUCUGUCUCAGCUAAAUUGUGAGUACAAGAUGGUCAAUGAGUCCAGGAUGGUGGUGUGUGACCUCGGGAACCCGAUGGUGGCUGGGACAGAGCUGUCUGUUGGUUUGAGGUUUUCUGUCCAAAGGCUGGAUGAUGCCGGACCCAAAAUCAGCUUUGAGCUACAGAUCCACAGCUCCAACAAAGAUAACUCCAACAGCAAUCCAGUCAGUUUGAAUCUGUCCAUCGUUGCCAAGGCUCAACUCGAUUUACGUGGGGUGUCUCAUCCCUCUCAGGUGGUGCUGCCAUUCCCACGCUGGGAACCCAAAGAGAAACCUGUCAAAGAGGACGAUGUGGGGCCACAAGUGACACACAUCUAUGAGCUCCAUAACUCUGGUCCCAGCAGUAUUCGAGAGGCUGAGCUUCAGGUCGGCUGGCCCUCCCGUUUCCGUGACGAGAACCUGCUGUAUGCCAUGGAGAUUCAAACUGACGGACCAAUUAGCUGCCGGACGAACACCAGCCUAAACCCACUUGGCUUACAGAUCUCUGCUCUCCAGGACACACCUGAGUUGCUAGGUUUCUUGAGGAACACCACCGCUCCUCCUCCCCACCGCCACAAACGAGCCGUCAGCAAAGCUCAGAGUUAUAGCGGCAAAACCUUGAACUGCACCAAUAUCUCCUGUCUGAGGAUCAUGUGUGUGAUUGGCCGAUUGGAUCGUGGGCAGAGCGCGGUGGUCAAGAUCCGUUCAAGACUCUGGGCACAUACUUUCUUGCAGCGGCGUAAUGACCCGUACAUUCUCAACUCUACUGUGUCCUUCAUGGUCACAGCCAUGCCUUACCGAAUCCAACCUCCCACGCUGCCUCAACACGCCACCUCGAUGGGGACCCUGGUGUUGUGGGGGACUCCUGAUGUAUCAUUUGCCGUUCCACUCUGGGUCAUCAUCCUGGCGAUACUGCUGGGGUUGCUGGUGCUGGCCAUGCUAACACUCGCCAUGUGGAAGUGUGGUUUCUUUGACCGGGCGCGGCCACCAGCUGACGAUGACGUCUCUGACCAGGAGCAGCUGACGUCUGAUCAAACAGGGGACGCCUAAGAUGAUGCAUGACAGCUCCUGAUCGGAAGACUGUGGUUUGGGAGGGAUGUGCACCUUCUGAGUAACUUAAAUCAGAUCUGAGAUCUGUAAUAGUUGGGCCCUGCAUUCCUUGGCUGGAGAUCUUCUGCCUUUCUGUUAAUGACACUGACAGAAGGGACAGACUGAAGACUGCAGCGUCGAACAGACUGGGACCAAAGAUUGAGGUUCAAACCAGAGAGAAUGGGACCAAAACACACUUAACAGGCUCAAUCACACACACAUGUCCAUUGUUUAUCCAUUGUGAUGAAGCACUAGAACUGAAGACAGAAUGGACUUUGUUGUGAAGACAAUGCUUUAAAUGUUUCUGUAACUGAACGUUUUCCUGUGUCUGUGUAAGUGAGGCACAAAGAGACUUGAGAUCUAUGCACAAGUGCUUUUGUAAGUAUGAGAGCGUUUGUUUGUGAGUGUGAGUGUAUGUGUAUAUGUGCAGGUACUGUGCAUAUGUGUGUGUUUAUUAGGUGCCUCUUGUGUCAUCCUUGCAUUCAGUUAUUGAAUUCUUUUCCCACCUGAUUUAAGUUAUCCUGGUUUUCUUCAGACCAGGCUGUAUACAGAUUUAUUACACACACACACACACACACACACACACACACACACAGGAUGCAGCCACAUGCAUAAACACAAAGGCACAAAGUUAAUGUGUAUAUUUAUGAAUGUAUGUGCAAUAUUUGGGCGUUGCGUGAUACUGAAGCUUGUUUACACUGGCAUUAUUUUAUUAGAGCUUAAUGUUUCCAUUGUUUAUGUAUAUAAGUGAUCAAUUGGUAUAUUAGAUAUUAGUAUUGCAAAAGCAACAAAAGCAAUUGUUUAGACUGAUUUAAGCCACCACAUGACAUUUAAAAAUGAAUAAAGUGAGGAGAAAAGUAACAAAUAAAUAACUUAUUACUGUCUUGCCUGUUAUUUUGGAAUUUUUAAGACUUCAAAAACUACAAAGAUAAACAGUCCAUAUGCAGAAUAUUGUAGACAGUCUGAGACUGUGUACACUACUGCAUGUACUGUAUGGCAUUUAGUAGCGUGUUUGAUGUUGUUAUUGGUUUAUCUGAUAAUGACACAUCAUGUGCAGGCAGGCAGAACAAUUUAAAACUAACUUUUAAUGUGUCAUCUUUGAGUCCUAUUUGUUAUUUGUAUCAAGUGUGAAGUUCUAUCAGAAUAAAAUGUUGUUUGAUUA